CAAUAUAAUUGAGUUUUUAGUGAUAUUCACAAGCUAUGACGUCACAUUUAAACCUUUGCUUGCAGGUUAUUUUGUUCCUGACAUUGUAGUAGCAGCACUUACUGGAGUUGUAACUGGUUGGUGUGUGGGACCUCUUAUACCUGUUCUUGGCCAUUGGUUAGCCAGAUCAGCUAUCCUGCAAUUCUUGCUGCAACUUACAGUGAUUGCCAUGGCACUCUCAUCACGAUUCUUUCCAUAUAGCAUUGACGCACCUAAAAGAGUUGUUUUCCAGCAUACAGUUUUAACUACAGAUGCAAGUCACAUUGUGGACACCAAUUAUGAGUUUUCUGUUGUUGACUCCAAUUCUCUACUUUUUGUCUUCAAACAUGCGCCUGAAGUGGCAAAAGAAUUGCAAAUUGGUUCGGUGCUAUCUUUCGAAACAGCCAAUUUUUCUCACCAAGAAAAUUGGAUGGCAAUCUAUCCAGUAUCUUUCUUGUUCUCAAGAAGCUUGAAAUUUUCUGCAAAAAGCGAUGAGGUCUUGAAGGAAUAUAGAUAUUUCCCCCAUCUAUCAAGCUAUAAGCCACAAACGAUUUCUGGUAGUGGAUCUCGGAAGGUCUACUUGGAAUUAUCAUUAGGUUCUUUAAAGGAGGUUUGGGUUGCUGUCCUUAACAUUACUGGUCCUCUAUCUAAUUGGUCACUUGCAAACAAUGUUCUUCCAGCUCCUGAAAGAUUGAAUGGUGGUCCACCUUCAUAUAUGUGUAGACUCAGUGGAGCAAGCAAUGAUAACUGGACCUUCUGGUUGGAGGCAAACAGUACUGAAGCUUUAAGGAUUGAAGUUGCCGUAUUAGACCAACACUUGCUGGAAUCAACCAAGAAGUUGAGAGGCCUUUUCCCGGACUGGGUGGAUGUCACUGCUUAUUCAAGUUUCAUGUCUAGUUACGUCUUCUAGUCCCCUUCGAUUAUUCUCUGUUUGUAAAGACAAAAAAUUUUGAGCUGCCCUUUUUUUGCUCUGAAAGUGGUUUUGUAUCCAAUGAUUUAUAGUGUAAUCAAAGCAAAUGUAGGGAUUUUUUGUUUUUUGUUUUUUUUUUUUUUAAAUGUCAUUUCUUGAUACAUUUUUGGGCUGCAACCGAACAACGGGAUGGAGCUACAGAAGAAUGAUAGAUUAUUUUUGUCUUAUACUAUCAUUUUGAACAGAUGA